GUUCGUGUCGAGGGCGCCGACGAAGCAGACAUGUCGAAAGUUGCGGUUGUGACCGGCUCCAAUAAGGGCAUCGGACUCGCCAUUGUGAAAGGAUUGUGCCAACGAUUCGACGGAAUUGUUUAUCUUACAUCAAGAGACGACAACAGAGGUCGUAAAGCAGUUGAAGAGCUGAACAAACUCGGUCUCAAACCGCAUUACCACCAGCUCGAUGUAGCCGAUAGAAACAGCAUCAUUAAGUUCAGAGAUCACAUCAAGGAAAAACACGGAUACCUCGAUAUACUCAUUAAUAAUGCUGCCAUUGUGGACGGUCUGACAGCUGAAGCUGAUGUGGAACUCAUGAAAAACGUAAUCGAUAUCAAUUACAGAAGCAUCCUGACUAUACAAGAAUUGAUUUAUCCAUUAGUUAGGGAGAACGGAAGGAUCCUGAAUAUAUCCAGCGAUUGUGGGCAUUUAUCCAAUAUUAGAAAUAAGUACUGGUUGGAGCGGUUGUCGAAUAAAAAUUUAACAGUACAGGAUGUCAACGAGUUCGUGGAUUGGUUCCUCCAGUCCGUACAGAAUGGAACGCUUAAGACCGAAGACAUAGCUGACAACGCGACGGUCCCGGCGUACCGCGUGGCCAAGGUGGCGCUGAGCGCGGUGACGAAGGUGCAGCAGCGCGAGCUGGCGCACAGGAACAUCUCCGUCAACUCGCUGCACCCCGGUCUCGUGCGCACCGACAUGACGACCGGUAUUGGGUUCUACAGCGCGGACGAGGCGGCCGACGCUCCGCUAUACGUGGUCCUCGAUGCGCCGGAUUCACUCAAGGGCGCUUACAUUUGGUACGAUAAACGAGAACUCGACUGGUAUGACUACAAUGCAGAUUAUUAUUUCAAAAUAGCCACUGUGACCGGAUAAUAAAUGUUAUAUAAUGAACGAGAGAUAUAAAUUGUUUGCGUGCUUGUAUAAUUGUUAUCUGUAUAAUUGUGAUGAUUAAAUACUCGAUUAAACAUUUCAAUAUUA